GCGGGCUAGUGGGGCCCCGGCGCCGGACGGGGCGGAGGAGGAGCCGCCUGGGGAGAGGGGCGCGGCUCUGGGGCGCGGGGUGGUGGCGAUCGCCCCCUGCUUCCUCACGACGGCCUUGGAGCGCUGUGGCCGCGGAUUUCCCUCCUGAGCAAAGUCGUUCUCCGGGGUCGUCCAGUGGACCUCCGUCUGCUGCAGGAGCCCUCUGGGGGGUGGGGUGCAGCGUGCGCCCCCCGCCCCCUCGCCGCGGUCCACCCGCCCUUGGCUUGGAUUUUGCCUGCCUGCGACCCCCGGUCCGCCCCACUCCCUCUCGCAGCCCGGCCUUACCUGGAAGAGACCGGAGACGCAUUCUGCAGCCACCAUGGGCGGGCACGGGCAGGCCCCGAAGGUACCGAGGAGCUGCAGAAGUUCGUGGAGAAAUGAAAUGGAAAGAUAAAUGCGAAUCGUCCGUGGACCUUUUGCAGCUCCCUGCUAGGAUGAAAGACAAGGUCUUUUGCUUCUCCUGAACUUGCAUGGGUUGGAACUGGAGCCUGUCCCCCAACCCGAAGGCAACCAGCAUCAUGUGCUUGCUAACUGCUCUUCAUCCACCUAUUGAUGCCUCCCAGAAAAAAACGCCAGCAGCGGUGCCAGAAAGCCCAGCUGCUCUUCCACCAGGAACCACUGGAGGGACCCAAGCACCACUCUGGAUCUCCUCAGCCUCCCACCACCCACACCGUGCAGGUGCCCAGCAAGCCGAUUGACCACAGCACCAUCACUUCCUGGGUAACACCUCAGUUUGAUAUAACAGCAGAAAGCUGCUUCCCAGUGUGCCGGAAACGUCCCCGCAACCAGAGAAGACAUUCAAGUCGGAAAUCCACCACAUCCAAGUUUCCACAUCUCACUUUUGAGAGUCCACCCACUUCUUCCAGUUCAGAGACACUGGGGAUCCCCUCAGUGAAGGAGUGUCCCCAUCAAUCAGAAAAGGACGUUUCCAGGAGGCCCUUGGUUCCAGUGCUCAGUCCCCAGAGCUGUGGGGACCCAUCUGUGAGUUCCCCUGAGAGCCUGCCUCACGUGUUCAUUCCUCCUGACAUCCAGACCCCAGAGCCCUCUUUGGUGAGGGGAGAAGCCAUUCCCCCAGACCAGAAGGAGAACGGCCUGCGAAGCUGUCCCCUUCACCUCGGCACUCCCAGCAGCCCAGAGCCUGGGCCUGUGUUGGCUGAAGACACCCCUGAGGAGAAGUACGGGGUGAAGGUCACGUGGAGGAGGCGACAGCACUUGCUUGCAUACCUCAGGGAGAGAGGGAAGCUGAGCAGAAGCCAGUUCCUUGUGAAGAACUGACUGCAUUCCCGGACAGCUGCUCCCACACCAGCAGUCCUAACAGGGCUGUGAAUGUCACUUUUCUGGCACACCAGGGAGUGUUUCUGUAGAAUAAAAUGGACAUAACACCAGCAGAAACUAGAUGUAACUAGAGCCCAGGGUCAUAGGGGAAUUUAAUUCCCGAUUUGCCUCUUAAGAAACUUGACCAUAAACAGUUGAGUUCAGUGUCAUGAACUGCUCAUGUGUUUUCUUAUAUUAACUUUAAAAUACCUUGAACCUGUUUAACAUGUGUAUAAAUAAACAGUUGCAUAAAGUUUUUAGAGAA